GACGUGAACGCGUUCUGCGAUAGCUGCGUUCCAUGCAAUACAUCGAAAGGAGUGUAUACGGCACCCUCUGGGAAGGUGCACUCCCUGCCGAUACCCACGAAGCCCUGGGACUCGGUUGGAUCGGACUUCAUAGGCCCGUUCCCCGAGAGCCAA